GAUACGGACAGUCGAUUUGUGGCCGACAAAAUGAUCAUCUUGAAGGCAUUCAAGGACCUGACGUUGAUGAAAAAUAUCCUUCAUCGAGAGCUACCACAGUCCAUCAAUGUUCUUGGUGGAUUGCAUCAUAUGCUGCAAAACAAUGUGUUUCAACUAAAGAUGUGCGUCGACUCCUGGCCUACGUUCAGCACGGCCAUCUGCUACCGUCAAAACCAGAAUGGGGGCAAUUUCAAGGAGAGUCAUGAGAAGUACAGCAUCUUCUCCAAAAACCAAAACACUUUAAGGCGUCUGCUGACUGAUGACAAACUUCAAAUCAAGUGGAGGAACGGACUUGAAUUUGAAGUUGCAAAUCAUCACUCUCAAAUCAUCUGUGAAAUUGCAUCUCUCAGAGGAUUCCAUGUUGAGGAAAAUGGAGGCUACCAUUCCUACAUCAACUACAGCCCAGAUAAGUUGAACAUGUCAGAAAAGACAUCCACGCUAGCAACAUCUACUUUGAAUGAGUCCCAUGUGGAGCUUGUGGUCCAACAGUUGCCUUUUGGAGGAAGGAAAGAGAACUUCAAUCUAGUAGAAGCCUAUAUCAAACAUCUACCAAACUGCUGUGUGGUGGAUGAGAAGGGACAUCCCGUGUCUUGGCUGCUGACUGAUGAGUUCAAUUGCCUCAGAAUGUCUUACACACAACCAAAGUACAGAAGGAACGGUCAUUUACAGCAUAUGAUGCUUACUCUGAUCGGGCAAAGAAUAUCGGAAGGUUUGCCCGCCUUCACCCAUAUCCAUAAAAAAAACGCGGCCCCUAUUGGACUCGCGAAUAAGGCUGGCUUCAUCCGUGGUGACGAGACAACCUUCAUGAUCAUAUCUGAUGAGCACAACUGAGUAGUAAAUUACUCCCUAAAACUCUGUCUUUGUUUGGAAACCACAGACUUUGGAAUAAAAGAGAAAUAAAUGAUCA